GGCGGUCUGCAUUAAAGUAAUUUGCAUUUCCACAAGUAUUGUAUUUUCUCUGCUUCUCGCUCAUUCCGCUUUCGCAUGACGUCAUGUUCAGGCUUGAGUAGCGCUGAGCGAGGAGAGGCCGCGCAGGCGCAGUGCUGACAGCCACGGCCAGACUCGGUGCAGCAUUCUGAUCAGGAGCGGCUUGAACGGGCGUCGCUUUCACAUCUCAACCUGAGCCACAGGGAUCGCUAAUUAAUUUGCCGUCUCUUAUCCGCAACCCACCCAAAACCAUGUCUGUCGGCAGUGACUUUGGCAACCCGUUAAGAAAAUUCAAACUCGUCUUUCUCGGGGAGCAAAGCGUUGGGAAGACCUCUCUGAUCACACGGUUCAUGUAUGACAGCUUCGACAACACGUAUCAGGCCACAAUUGGAAUCGACUUCCUGUCUAAAACCAUGUAUCUGGAAGAUCGAACGGUGCGGCUGCAGCUGUGGGACACGGCGGGCCAAGAGCGCUUCAGGAGCCUGAUCCCCAGCUACAUAAGAGACUCCACCGUGGCCGUGGUGGUCUACGACAUUACCAAUGUCAACUCAUUCCAGCAGACUUCCAAAUGGAUUGAUGAUGUCAGAACAGAGAGAGGAAGUGAUGUCAUCAUCAUGCUUGUCGGCAAUAAAACAGACCUGGGAGAUAAGAGGCAGAUCACCAUCGAGGAAGGAGAGCAGAGGGCCAAGGAGCUGAGUGUCAUGUUCAUUGAGACCAGCGCCAAGACCGGAUACAACGUCAAACAGGCUGACAGCCAACCCAUCCAUGGUGACCACGCCGGUCCAGAAGAGCUGCCCGAUGCAUGCUGGGAACUGUCUGUGCAGGGGCUGUUUCGUCGCGUGGCUGCUGCUCUGCCAGGAAUGGAGAGCAUGCAGGAGACGAGCAAAGAGGGAAGUAUCCUUUCAUACCUCUAUACCUCUACUCCUCCUCUCCCCCCUCCCCUCCAAUUAUCCUCUUCCUCCACCUAUCCUCCCCCGUCCUCCCAGUCAUCACUCAAGCGGCGUCAGCGAGUCGCUCUCGUCCUCCGGAGGGGCAGGCGUCACGAGCUCUGAUGCUGUACAGAAGCUGGGCUAGGGGUGGCUGGGUGUCUCUCCAUCUCUUUCUCUCCCUCCCUCCCUCCCUCCCUUCUCUCUCUCACUCUGAUCCUCCCUGAGUCUGAGUAGAGUAGUCGACUAGUCUGUCACAGUCUAGAUGAGGCAGAAACCCAACAGAGGAUGAUAAACAGCAUCUCGACGCCGCAAACAUCCACGCUCUUUAGAACUCCUUUAUUAAAAAUUCCUUUAUUAAAAACUCCUUAGGAACUAAUUCACUCCAUUUCAGCAUAUUCAGUAUCAUUCUGGAUUCUACUGUGAGGAUUUAGCUCCUUUUAAGGCCCAUAAAGGGCUGCUGCUAAACAGGUCAAAUAAAAACUGAGAAGCAGGUCUUUACACAAGCUAGACUAGCAAAACAAAUAGUCACAUUGUGUGAACGCCAGUGUUGAACAUACUCUUCCCCAGAUGAGGUUACUUGCACGUUCACUGUUUCACUGUGGAACCACAGGGCCUGUUGAGCUCUUAUACUCAGGAUGGGAGAAAUCAUUCCCUCACACAAGCAGGCAGGAUGAACAUAGCGCACGGUCAUUUAGUGUAAAUCUAUACAUACUCUUUGGAAACUGUGUUCUGGUGACGGCCAUCUUGGCUCCAGGGCCAUGUUAAACACUAGCUGUGUUCUGGUGACGGCCAUCUUGGCUCCAGGGCCGUGUUAAACACUAGCUGUGUUCUGGUGACGGCCAUCUUGGCUCCAGGGCCGUGUUAAACACUAGCUGUGUUCUGGUGACGGCCAUCUUGGCUCCAGGGCCAUGUUAAACACUAGCUGUGUUCUGGUGACGGCCAUCUUGGCUUCAGGGCCGUGUUAAACACUAGCUGUGUUCUGGUGACGGCCAUCUUGGCUUCAGGGCCGUGUUAAACACUAGCUGUGUUCUGGUGACGGCCAUCUUGGCUUCAGGGCCGUGUUAAACACUAGCUGUGUUCUGGUGACGGCCAUCUUGACUCCAGGGCCAUGUUAAACACUAGCUGUGUUCUGGUGACGGCCAUCUUGGCUCCAGGGCCAUGUUAAACACUAGCUGUGUUCUGGUGACGACCAUCUUGGCUCCAGGGCCGUGUUAAACAGCCCUGAUCAGCGGUGCCAGAGGCCUGAAGAGCCCUAGUGGCUGCAGGGUUAGCUAGCUGCUCCUCACACACACUCUGAAGAGGACAGUCUUAGCGUCAUCACGUCAGUCACACACACACACACUCUCUCACUCACAUGCUCACACACACAAGCAUACUCAGUCACACACACAGGCUAACCACACACACACACACGCCGUCCGUAAGGCUUCGUCUGACCUGAUGUUAGUGUAGUAGCUGGUUUCCCACGGCGACAGCUGCAGACUCUCAUCUCCUCCUCAGCCCCCAGAAGGCGAGUUGCCAUCGCUAUGGUAACAGUGGAUGAUUUAUGAAAAUGUCUUUUCAUUUUAAUGUACGGGUUAAAAGCUCUCUCUCGUUUAUUUUUCCCUGUGAAGCGACUUUUACGAGGUGGGUUUAGCGAUGCUCAGAGCAUCGAGAUGCAGAGAGCUGUCUGGGUCUUCUGGAAGAGGUUCACCUCUGAACGGAGGAUGACCUGAUAUGAUGUUCUAGGUGGAGUGGAUGCAGAGAUGGGGGAGGGCGAGGAGGGUGAGGCUGAUUUAGUAGAAGGUGUCAAGGUCUGAAGCAGAGAUCCUCCUGCUCCUCAGUCCUCCUCUGCAGAGCUACAGAGAGACCAGCUGCAGGAGGGGGAGAGGGGCGAAGGGGUGAGGAGGAGGAAGAGGAGAGUGGGAGGUCUGGUAGAUUGGGUGCCUUCAGGAGAGAGGUGAGCUGCCUGUAAGAGAGGUGAGCUGCCUGUAGGAGAGAGGUGAGCUGCCUGUAGGAGAGAGGUGAGCUGUCUGU